AUGGCGGCGAGUGGCGGAGGCCGUCGCGACCCUCUGGCCCCCUCCGGGAUUCCCUGUGCAUUUUCUCCGUGGGGCCAGUACUACUUCUCGUUAGCCGGUCCGGAUGGUCACUUGCGGGUGUGGGAGACAGCCAGCAGCCGCCUGCAUCAGGACUUCGUUCCUUCCGCUCACCUCAGCGCCACCUGCACCUGCCUGGCCUGGGCCCCGCCGCGGUCGUCUGCCAAGGAAGGUCCCCAGAGGAAAAAAAGGAAAUCUGAAGCUGUAGGAACCAGUGACCAGGUUGAUCUAUUGGCCAUUGGUACAGCAGUCGGCAGCAUUUUAUUAUACAACACAGUAAAAGGAGAGUUACAGAGCAAACUAGUAAGUGGUGGACACGACAAUAAAGUAAAUUGCAUACAAUGGCACCAAGAUAAUGAUUGUUUAUAUAGCUGUUCAGAUGAUAAAUAUAUUGUGGAAUGGAAUACACAGACUUGCAGAGUAAAGUGCAAAUGGAAAGGUGACAUCAGCAGUGUCAGUGCUUUGUGCAUCAGUCCUGAUGGGAAGAUGUUGCUUUCAGCUGGUCGAACUAUCAAACUAUGGGAUUUGGAGACUAAAGAAGUCUAUAGACAUUUCACAGGUCAUGCCACAGCUGUUUCAUCACUCAUGUUCACAACUAUAAGACCUCCUAAUGAAAGUCAGCCCUUUGAUGGAAUUACUGGCCUUUAUUUCUUGUCUGGAGCAGUACAUGACCGGUUAUUUAAUGUGUGGCAAAUUCGGUCAGAAAAUAAAGAGAAGAAUGCAGUGAUGUCUUUUACAGUUACUGAUGAACCGGUCUACAUUGACCUGACUCUGUCAGAAAACAAAGAGGAGCCUGUAAAGUUAGCUGUUGUUUGUAGAGAUGGACAAGUUCAUUUAUUCGAACACAUAUUAAAUGGAUGCUGCAAAAAGCCUUUGACUUCAAAUUGCACUAUUCAGAUUGCAACAUCUGGGAAAGACAAGGAAUCAACACCAACACCUAUCCCUAUUCUAGCAGCAGCUUUUUGUUCAGACAAGCAAUCUUUACUGCUUGUGUAUGGCAGUCAUUUGCAGCCAGCGAUUGAAAGAGUGUCUUUGAACUCCAAAGAACCCCAUAUGUGUCUGAUAAGAGAUAUCAAUUGUUGGGCUCCAAAAAUAGGAAUAGCUGUAACAAAGGUAAGAACACCAAUAAUGAACUCAGAGGCCAAAGUUUUAGGCCCUGGAAUUCCUGGACAUCAUGCAGCCAUCAAACCUACAUUGGAGACCGAGAAAACAGAAAGUAAAAGAAGAUUAAAGGAGAAUGAGCAAAUUAGCAUUGAAGAACGACUGGGAGCAAUGGACAUAGACACUGUGAAAGAAAAAAGGAAAGGGGACCUGAAGGCAGACAGCUACCCGGUUCUUCUAGUGCAAGGCCUAGAAAGCAAUGACUGCUACAUGCUAAAUAAAGUACUUCAAACAAGAAAGGAUACCUUAAUCAGAAACACAGUGUUAAGGAUUCCAGUAUAUGCUGUUAUUCCAUUAUUGAAUGAGCUCACUAAGAGGUUGCAAGGACAUCCAAAUAGUGCUGUACUUAUGGUUCCAUGGUUAAAAUCUGUAUUAACCAUACAUGCAUCUUAUCUGUCCACAUUGCCUGACCUGGUACCCCAACUAGGCAUGUUGUAUCAGUUGAUGGAGAGCAGAGUCAAAACCUUAAGGAAACUCUCUCGAUUGCAUGGGAAGCUCAUUCUUCUUAUUACACAGGUGGCAGCAUCUGAAAAAACUCAGGGUGUGCCUCAACCUGAGCAAACAGCCAAACUGGUUUAUGAGGAAGAGUCUUCUGAAGAGGAGUCUGAUGAUGAAGUAAUGGCAGAUAAAAAUUCUGAUGAGAAUUGGGAGGAGGAUGAAGAAGAGAGAGAAAGUGAAAAGGAUGAAGAUGACGAUGAUGAUGACGAUGAUGAUGAUGAUGAUGAUGAUGAUGGUGACGAUGAGCAAGAAAUAGAUCAGGACACAGAAAAUGGUGAGGACAAAGAAAUGGCUCUUGAAAAGGAAAUAAAUGGAGAUUCUGAUUUGGACCCAGAAAAUGAAAGUGAAGAAGAAUGAAGAAGAAAGGAAAAAUAGGCCAAUAGAACUAUAAACUUUGGCUCAUAUUGUUGAAUGCUGCCAUGUUCUCCUGGAGAGGGUGGUUUCUGUGUUUGACCUUUGACAGGUAGAAUGCAGACAGCCCUCCCACCUUUCCAAAUUCAUAAUGGUGGCCUCAUCAAGCCAGCCCCUUUGUCCUUCCCACCUCAAACUUAACUGUGUAAAUAAGAAUGUUUCUUUCAAUUGUUAAUAAACUUUACACAGUAAAUAGA